AUGAAUAAACGGUUCGAACAAACGUCAAUGUUCAGCUAUGACGAAAAAGUAUGUCGUAAUGCAUACACGUAGGCGGUAAUUUCUUUUGAAUUGUUCAUCUAAUGCUCCAUGUUCGAUAACCAAAUCGGUUCCACGUUGAAUAUGUUUGGAAGAUAAGCAAUAUGGCCACAAAAGAAAGCAAUCUUCCUGCUCUUUAUGCGGAGUUAAAUAAAUUCGGGCAAAACGGAGAAUACGAGAGGGCCUUAAAAACUGCAAAUAAGAUUCUAGGCAUUUCUCAAGAUGAGGAAGCUGCUUUCCAUUGCAAAAUUGUUUGCUGCAUACAAUUGUCCAAGUUUAACGAUGCGCUACAAUUCAUCAUUAAGAACCCAAAACUUGCAACUAACUUACACUUUGAAAAAGCUUAUUGCUUGUAUCGACUGAACCAAGUGCCCGAAUCAUUAAAAGUAGUUGAUAACGUUCCGAGUCCUUCGCUGAAACUUAAAGAACUCAAAGCACAAAUAUUGUACAGACUUGAGAAAUACGAGCAAUGUUUCUCCGUGUACAGAGACAUUAUAAAACAUUCUAAUGACGAGUACGAAGAUGAAAGGGAAGCAAAUCUUGCAGCAGUGACUGUGAAUUUAACGAUAGAAGAUUCUAAAUUGGAAGUUCCUGUGUUGCGCGAAGACACGUACGAAUUGACGUAUAACGCGGCGUGCCGUUUAAUCGCGCAAGGUAGCAAAGAAGACAAAACUAUGUUAGUAGAAGCGGAGAAAAAGCUUAAAACGGCGGAAAAAAUGUGCAAAGAGGGAUUGGAGGAAGAUGGGGUUGCCGAAGAAGAGAUAGAAGAUGAGUUAGGGAUUAUUAGAGUUCAGCUUGGAUGCUGCCUUCAGCUCCAAGGUCGUGAGAAAGAAGCUCAAGCGUUAUACACUUCUGCCUUAAAAGUGAAACCAGAUGACAUAGCUUUAGUAGCAGUUGCAAGCAAUAAUCUCGUGUGCCUCAAUAGGGAUCAAAAUGUUUUCGAUAGUAAGAAGAGAAUGAAAAGUGCUACCCAUGAUAGCUUGGAGCAUAAACUAACUUCUAGACAAAGGAGAAGCAUUGCAUACAAUCAGUGUUUACUAGCAUUAUAUACUGACCAGGCAGAACAAUGUCAGUCACUUUGCAAUAAACUUGCCAAGGAACAUCCUGUACUAGCUGCAGACGCGAUGUUCAUUAAGGCAAUGCAACUUAGCAAAGAAGGCAAAGCAAAGGAAGCAGCAAAAUUAUUAACGCAACACGCAAUCGGAGAAAAAGAGCUACCAAUGAAACUCGUUUGCGUACAAUUACUGUUAAGCCACGACGAGAAACAAGAGGCAAUUGAUAUUCUUGAAAGUUUGAACGAAAGGGAUAGAUCGUUACCGGGUAUUGUUAGCGCGCUUGUAACUCUACAUAUGGCUAACAAUAACCGCGAGAAAGCAUCUGUUGCUCUUAAAAACGCUGUAAAUUAUUAUAAGAAAAAUAAGGAGACUACUGCUAACUUGGGAGAGUUGUGGCGGCAGGCCGCUGACUUUUAUUUACGGGGAGGAGAAAUUAAAGUAGCAGCAGACAUUUUACAAGAAAUGGUAGAUGCUUCGCCUUCAGAUACCAAGACAUUGGCGCAAUUAGUAGUAGCAUAUGUACAAUUUUGCCCGGAAAAAGCGCAACUUCUAUCGAAACGGUUGCCGCCUCUCCAUGAUCUUUCAGAGACAACCGACAUCGACGCUUUAGAGACUAGUAACUGGGUGAUCGGUACCAAAGUGGCCAAGAAAAAGAUAGAACCAUCUCCUGGCAAACCUACUAUCGAUGUGACACAAAAGAAACGCAAGAAACGAAAACGCAAAGGAAAAUUGCCUAAAAAUUACGACCCGAAUAUUCCACCUGAUCCGGAACGAUGGUUGCCUAGACACGAACGUAGUGGAUUUAGAAAGAAACGCGAUAGAAGAAAUCGAGAUACUGUGAUGAAGGGUACUCAGGGUGCUGCCGCGGGAGCUAGCGAUCUUUACGAUAUCACUAAAAUGCCUACGAACGCAAAACCUUCACCCAAUCCGCGUCAUAGCUCGGCAGUUGAAACAUCAGGACCACGGCAACAACAACGCAAAGUUCAACAGAAAAAGAAAAAGAAGGGCGGCAAAUGGUAAUCAGUCACUCAUAUUUGUAUUACAUUUGAACAAAUUAUUGUACGAAAUAUAUAUUAUACUUCUAUAAUAGUAAGUAAUCAAGCGACCUAUCUGUUUAACGAAUUAAGUAACUUUUUCCAAUUAUACAUGUACCUUUUAUGUACAGCACACGAUACUG